AUGUCCCUCAAGAUCUCCUUCCGGCUGCUGCUGCAUUUGACCAUUCUUCUGGCAGCUUUCCUGGUACAGUCCAGAAAACAGCCCACCUUCUGGGAUUUCACAAACAAGCACAUCGAUUAUCCGAGAACUGGAGCCCCCAGCACCAAGGCCUACUGCAACCUCAUGAUGUGGCGGAGAGGCCUGACAAGAUGGCCCUGCAUGCGCAACAACACGUUCAUCAACAGCAGGCCCAGAACCAUCCAGAAUAUCUGCCGUGGAGGGGGACGCCAGGUGAAUGGGAAUAUUUUCGAGAGCAGAAGGCGCUUCCCUGUCGUCGCCUGUGAUAUCAUCUUCAUAACACCUCCCCAGUAUCAUCGGUGCCAGUAUUUCGGCAGACAACUCAACAGGAGAAUUCGUGUGGCCUGUGUCAACCGUCAGCCCAUUCGCUUCGACAGGCUCAUCUAG